CUAUAGCGGGAGUUUACUUUGACCAAUAAUGAAGAAGAAGGUUGUAUGUAGAGAUGUCAAUACCAGGUUGUACUCAAGCAGAAGAUAAGGGGAAGAGCCUAAGAGAGAUGAGAAUGAAAAUGGCUUCCUUGAAAUUCUUCAUCUUCUUUCUUGUUCUCUAUGUCGUAAGUUUUGUUAUCGGUUUAACAAGUGCGGCUGAUCCAACAUAUCUUUACCAUUCUUGCCCAAACACGACAACUUUUAACAGUAAUAGCACCUAUAAAUCUAACCUCAAUUUUCUCCUCUCUUCAAUUGUCUCAAACGCCACCCGCAGCAAUGGAUUCUCCGCCGGUUUCUACAACGUCACCGCAGGCCAAGAACCUGACAAGGUCUACGCUCUCUUUCUUUGCCGAGGUGAUGUCACACCCACCACCUGUCAAGGCUGUGUCAACUUCGCUACCUCAGACAUUCUCCGACGUUGUCCUGUUGAAGCAGAAAGUAUAAUAUGGUACGACGAGUGCCUUUUACGCUACUCAGGCGCGUCUAUCUUUUCUACCAUGGCUAGUAGCCCCAGUAUUAUUAUGUACAACCUUAAUAAUGUUACAGAACAAGCCCGGUUUAACCAGCUAGUAGGGACUACAAUGAUGGCAGCAGCAAAUGAAUCUGUUGAUUCCCCUAAAAAAUUUUCGACAAGAAAGGCUAACUUUACGGCCUUUCAAAUACUGUACUGUCUUGUACAGUGCACACCAGACCUGUCAGAUCUUGACUGUAACAGUUGUCUUCAACAAUCUUUUGCUAAUUUGCGGACUACCCAGGUAGGAGCAAGAGUUUUGCUUCCAAGUUGUAAUAGCCGGUUUGAAUUGUACCCGUUUUAUAAUGAAAACGCUACUGCCGCACCGCCGCCGCCGCCUGUGCUCUCUUCUCCACCUCCUGUUUCUGUAACAAGGCCUAAAGAAAGAAGCCGAAUUUCAUCUUCAAUAAUCAUCGCCAUCGUUGCUCCAAUUGUUGUAGCUGUAGCACUUUUCAUAGCCGGCUCUUGCUUCCUAAUUAGGAGAGCAAGAAAGAAGAAUAGUCCUCCACUAGAAGAUAAGGCUGGAAAUGAUGACAUUUCAGCUGCAGAGUCCUUGCAAUUUGAUUUGGGGACAAUUGAAGCAGCCACAAAAAAUUUCUCAACUGAUAACAAGUUGGGCGAAGGUGGAUUUGGUGAAGUUUACAAAGGCAUACUUCCUAAUGGACAAGCUAUAGCAGUAAAAAGGCUAUCAAGCAGCUCUGCGCAAGGUGCAGAAGAAUUUAAGAAUGAGGUUUUAUUGGUAGCCAAGCUUCAACACAGAAAUUUGGUUAGACUACUGGGGUUUUGCUUGGAGGGAGAAGAAAAGAUUCUUGUCUAUGAAUUUGUGACGAACAAAAGCCUUGACUACUUUCUAUAUGACCCUGAAAGACAAGCUGAAUUGGAUUGGUCAAGACGUUAUAAGAUAAUUGGAGGCAUCGCUCGAGGAAUGCUUUAUCUUCAUGAGGAUUCUCGAUUGAGAAUUAUACAUCGUGAUCUUAAAGCUAGCAAUAUAUUGUUAGAUGGUGAUAUGAACCCAAAAAUUUCUGAUUUUGGCAUGGCAAGGAUAGUUGGAGUUGAUCAAACUCAAGCGAAUACAAACAGAAUUGUUGGGACAUAUGGUUACAUGUCUCCAGAAUAUGCUAUGCAUGGGCAAUUCUCAGUGAAAUCCGAUGUGUAUAGUUUUGGUGUGCUAGUACUAGAGAUCAUUACCGGCAAAAAGAACAGCAAUUUCUAUCAAACAGAUGGUGCUGAGGAUCUUGUGAGCUAUGCUUGGAAACAUUGGAGGGAUGGGACACCGUUGCAGUUGUUGGAUUCAACCUUGACAGAUUCUUACUCGAGAAAUGAAGUGAUUAGAUGCAUACAUAUGGGGUUGUUAUGUGUCCAGGAAGAUCCAGCUGAGAGACCCUCAAUGGCAACAAUAGUUCUCAUGCUUAAUAGUUACUCUGUUAGCCUUCCAUCACCUCAAAAACCAGCCUUUUUCCUGGGUAGUAGAAUGGAGGCUAGCAUGGAAAUAAAGGAGUUUGACUUUGAUCAAUCUAAAAGCAAGUCAAUUCCAUGGUCUGUUGAUGAUGCAUCAAUUACAGAAGUAUAUCCUCGAUGAUAGGGUGUUUCAGAUUUCAAUUCACUUGUACAACCAAAAGUGACAAAAAUACUUGUUUCUGAAUUGUAGUUUGGUGAACUGAAGCAUCCUUCAUCAUAUAUUGAUCCUAUAUUGGCCAACAUUAUUCAGGCAGAUGUAGCCUGAAAUGAAGGAGAUCUAUGAUAUAAUUUUCAUUAUGUGCUAUCGCCAGCCUUGAUGGUAUAUUGGUAUGCCCUGUAUAAAACAGAGUUUUCUGAGGAAAGAGUAUCAAAUAGUUAAUUUGUCA